AUGUUUCGAGAUUUUAAAUCUUCCAUCCCGAAUAUUCCUGCGAAUGCACAAUGGGCACAAAAUGGUGUUACUGUCGCUGGAGGUAACAAAAAAGGCAGCGCCGCCAAUCAACUCCUGUGGCCUGGAGGUCUCUUCGUUGAUGAUGAUCAAAGCAUUCUCGUCGCUGACCACGGGAAGUACUGUAUCUUCCAAUGGAAGAAAGAUGAUACGAACGGACAAGUCGUUGCUGGUGGCAAUGGCCUAGGACAUCAAUUGGACCAAUUGAAUCGUCCAGUUGGUGUCCUCGUCGACAAAGAGACUGAUAGUCUGAUUAUCUGUGAUAAGGGAAACUAUCGAGUCGUUCGAUGGUCUCGACGUAGUGGCACCACACAAGGAGAAAUUCUCAUCCAACACAUCCAUUGUGGCGGAAUAGCCAUGGAUGAUCAACGAAAUCUCUACGUCUCUGACAUUAACAACCAUGAAGUCCGGCGAUAUCGAAUUGGUGGCAAGACGGGAACUCUUGUUGCUGGUGGCAAUGGCCAAGGUGCUGAUCUCAAUCAACUCGACAGACCGGGUCACAUCUUUGUCGAUCGACAACAGAAUGUUUAUGUUUCAGAGUACUGGAAUCAUCGUGUAAUGAAAUGGCAAAAAGGUGCAACAGAAGGGAUUACCAUCGCGGGUGGGCAAACCGAAGGGGAUGCUCUUACGCAAUUGAACCAUCCUGGAGGACUGUUAGUGGAUACCUCGGAUACCCUCUAUGUUGCAGACUCGCAUAACCGACGUGUACUACGUUGGCCACAAGGUGCAAAACAAGGCACUGUGAUUGUUGGUGGAAAUGGUUGGGGAGAAGGAGCAAAUCAAUUCCAUAUGCCCACUGAUGUGUCGUUCGAUCAGCAUGGCAAUCUCUAUGUCUUAGAUUACGGAACAACACGAGUACAACGUUUUUCAAUCCAAUAG